CUCGGGACCCCAAGACUUAGGGACCUCCCCCCCCCGAGACUCGGGACCCCAAGACUUAGGGACCCCCCCGUCCCGAGACUCGGGACCCCAAGACUUAGGGACCCCCCCCCCCCCUCCGAGUCGCUGGAACCCCAGUGACCUCAAGAACCUAGAGAGAGAGAGAGGGGAGAGAUCCUCUCAUCAUCAACAACAGCAGCAGUAGUCGCCGUCAGGAUCGAUCCACUGCUGAAUGAGGCCCCGGUUCCCCAGCCGGACGUCGUCCCAGCGCUCCGUCUGAUUGAUCAUUCCGUCGCUCCGUCUCCGCGUUAGGACGCCUCGCCCGCGGGGCCCCCUUACAUCGGACUCGCUAGUUUAAGUCUCGGCCGCUGACGUCUCUAGAGACUUCACCUCGUCAAGGUAUCCCCCAAGAUAACUCCCAAGACCCCCGUGAGACCACCCCCGGUAGCUACGUGAGGCGUUGGCUAAAUGCUUCCUGGACUCCGCACGCCGCCGCCGCCAAAGAUGAUUUAGAUCCCUUGACUGUGGCACCCCUUGACACCCCCAACCCAUCCACCCCCCCAAGCAUCGGGAACCCCAGUUCAACCCCGAACCCCCUCGAUAGAACCUUAGGUUCGGACCUCCAACUCAACCCCUUGAACACCUCCCCACCACUCCACGCACCAUCGAUCCUUGACGGACAAACUUACUUUCACUCUGUGAUACAAGCAGGGAUCCCUCCAUCCGAGGGGGUCUCAGACCCCCUUCGAUCGGGGCAGCACACCCCGAAGCUACCGUGUUCACAAGGGGGGCUUACUGCCUCCACCACCCCCCCCCCCAAACCCAUCUCCUUAAUUGAAGACCCCCAAAACUGGACCCCCCCCCCACUUUGAUCUCCGCGAUGGAUUCAAGGCUGAGGUCCAAUCCGGAGAGGCUGAUGGAAGUGUUUGUGGAGGUGGCCAGUCCCAAGGGGAACACGGCCGACCCAGAGGUGAUUCGGACAUAUCCACAAGAUUACCCCGACCAGGACGUCGUGAAAACGAUUGCCAAGUUCUGCUUCCCAUUUGAUGUGGAAAGGGUGAAACAUGGACACAUUGGACAGAACUUCACGUUUGUGCUCACGGACGCCGAAGGGAAGCACAGUUUCGGGUUCUGCCGUCUGUCUUCUGGCUCCCGCUCCUGUGUGUGCUUACUCAGCUACCUGCCCUGGUUUGAGGUGUUUUACAAGCUGCUCAAUCUCCUGGCAGAGUACAGCACCAAGGGCAAUGAGAGCGACUCCCAAGAACUCCUCGAGUCUCUCCACAAGCGCCCAGUUCCAGAGCCGGAAUCCACCGUGCACCUCACUGUGCAUGCCUACUUCAUAGCUCCCGACUGCAGGCAUCUACCCAGCAUUCCUGAGAGUAGGAACCUGACGGAGUUCCUGGUGGCCGUGGACCCGCUCAGCAUGGUGCACCUCUACGCCAGCCUGCUGUGGGAGCGCCGCAUCAUCGUCACCUCCAACAAGCUCAGCACGCUCACGGCGUGCGUGCACGGGUGCCGCGCUGCUCUACCCACCUACUGGCAGCAUGUGUUCAUCCCCGUGCUGCCUCCACACCUACUGGACUACUGCGGGGCUCCCAUGCCGUACCUCAUAGGUGUUCAUUCCACACUGAUGGAGAGUGUGCGUGCGCUCGGCCUGGAAGAGGCCGUGGUGUUGAACGUCGAUGCAAAUCAGUUGGAGACUCCGUUCAAUGACCUCCUGUCUCUCCCCAACGACCUGGCGUCCACUCUGAAGUCGCGCAUCAAGAAACAGUCGGCCGUAACGGGUACGGGGCUGGCGCAUGCGUUCCUGAGGGCCCAAGUCCAGCUGUUCGGGACCUACAGAGAGGCCCUGAGAUUCCGGCCGGGAGAGGCGAUCACGUUCAGCGAGGAGGCGUUUGUGGAGAGCAAGUCCAGCUCGGUGCGCUCCUUCCUCAAGCACGCCACGCAGCUGCAGCUCUUCAAGCAGUUCAUCGACGGGAGGCUGGAGCUGCUCAACGCCGGAGUGGGCUUCACCGACCUCUUUGAGGAAGAGAUCAACCUGGACGGAUACUCCAAGGGGAGUGCCAAGUCGUACCAGCAGUGGCUCCUCACUGUCAAGAAAGGUGGGGGCGCUUUCAUCUCCUUGAUGACCAAGGCCAACCCAGCCAUGAAGUCCAUGUACCGAUUUAUGGCAAAGGGACGCUUUGGGUUCAAAGAGGUCAAGUCAGCACACAAGCACAAGGAUGUGGUGAGCGAUGACGAGGGCGAUGAUGUGGAGUCGGCUCACCGGGUGAGGAGACACGUGUCCGACGUGGACGCCCGCAGAGACGACACGGACACGGCUCACGCGGAGGUGGCACUGCUCAGCUCCUCGUACGGGGGGAGCUCCGCCGUAGGGAGGGGCCUCUCUCAGCGCAGGACGAGCUCGCGGAGGCCCUUGGCGUCCGAGGUGGUCGAGGGGGGCCCCGGGAGCCCCCCGCUGAGCGCGGGCCCCCAGCAGGAGAUGGAUCUCCUGUCGGAGAUCCUCGCCUCGCUGGACGCGGCGCUGGAGCCACGCUCCUUGACGGCCUCCCGCAGCCUCGACGACCUCCUCGGGGCCGGCGGGGAGGAGUGGAGGAGUUCGCAGACGUCCCUCUGUGGUGGCCAUGACGACAUGGCGGUGCUGGGGAUCUGCCUCCCGUCGUCGCCACCGCAACCGGGCCCCGGCAACGGCCACUUCUUCCGCUCGGCAACACCGCCGCCCCCCUCAGAGAUGCGUGGGGGACAAGGAGGUGAGCACGGUGAGGAGGUGAGGGGUGGAGGAGCCCUGCAGAGCGAGGACGAGGAGGAGGAAGAAGAAGAGGUGGACACCUCACAUCUCAGCUCCACCUCCUCCUCCUCGUCGUCCACCUCGUCUCCCUCCCCGCGGCGCCGGGCGGCAGCGAUGGCGGGGGUGUCGGGCGGCAACCACCACGGCGGCUCGCUGCCGUCGCUCCUCACCGACGUCGCCGCGGCAACGGCGGCAUCCGAGGCGACUCCUCCGCCCUCGCCGCUGCUGCUCGUUCGGGGGGACGCGGUGCGGCUCAGCUGCCCCCCCCCGGCGCGCUCGACGCUCCCGACGCUCCCGGCGCGCUCGGCGCGCUCGGCACGCCUGGCACGCCCGGCAUCCCAGCCCGGCGGGCCCCUCCGCUCCGCAUCCCCCUCGGCACAGCCCGGCACGGCCGCCCUGGGGCAAGGGCGCGUCGGGGAGCUGCGCCGGCGCUACGAGCUGCUGGACCGAGAGGCCAGCGGGCAGUGAUGGCAGUGGCUGUGGCUGUGGCGGCGGUGAUGAUGGUGGUGGUGGUGGCGGUGAUGGCGAAUUGCCGGUGGAGGAGACAUGACGUUUACAGCGCGUUCAUCGAUCAAACGAUCAGCACUUCGAUCAAACGACGAUCAAAAUAUCGCCGAGUGGCGUCGACGAGGGAGCACACGCAAGCCCCCCUCCUAACCCCCCCCCACCGCCCACCUACCCUCGCAAGCUAAGCAGGUCUGAGCCCGCUGAACGCUGUACUCGGAUGGGUGACCACCACCACCAGGUGUUUCGUGAGCGUGUUGCUGCGAGGUGUGAAUUCUUGAAUCCAUCCGUGCAGAGCUUAGAGCAUCGUCCGCCACCACCGCCCUCGCUCUCUCCAGUCUCCUUCCCAUGCGCAGCUAAAAAAAAACCUCACCGCGAACGGAAAUUCACGGACGGACGCUGCGGUGUAGCAGGGACCCCUCGUCAACAGCGUGCACGCCGCCCUCACCCCUACCGAGCCUGCAGGUCUGUGUCGCCAAGACCCUCCACCACCCGUCGCACGGAGCCAAUCACAUCCGCGGGUUGGGGGUGAAGAGCGGAGGGAUGGCCGGACCCGGUGUCACCUUGAGCAAAGCACGAUACCGGUGCGCGUGUGGUGUUGUGUUGUUGUGUUGUUGUGGUGUUGUGUUGUUGUGUUGUUGUCGUCCUGGUGUUGUUCUUGUUUUUACAACACGGUUGGCCAAAGCACAAAAGGGUCCGGGAAUUUUUUUUUUUUCAAACGUCAAGCGGCCAGCAACAAUCGGCACCGCAAUCAACAUGACGAGAGGUUGACGCCAUCGCUUGGACGGAGCGAUGGGGUGACGACGUUGUUGGGGUGACGUUGGGGCGACGG